AUGCAUCUGAUCGAUGAUAUAUGGAAUAAAAAAAAUGAAAAUGUUAUUGAAGGACAACAUUUGGUUUGUCAACAACAUCAUGGUUUCCUAUUCUCUGUGGCUCGUAUCGAAAACGUGAUUGAAAAAGAUCUAUUAGGAUCAACAACUUCAAACAAACGUCAACUCUAUCGUAGUACUAGUGAAGAAUCGCUUCACUCAAAAUUUUACGACUGUUUGCUUAAGUCAAAUCGAAAUAGUCGCAUGAUAAGACAACUGUUACUCAAGAAUGAAGACGAUUUAAAGGCGAAAUCAGAUUUGUUGACUCAAGAUAAUUCUAGUGCGGAAUCGCCACAUAUCCAAAUUCAAAAACUGAUGGACACAAUCAAAGAAAAAGAUACACAAAUUGCACAUCUAAAUCAACAAUGCGACCAAAUUCGUAUCGCACAAUGGGAUGUUUUACAACAAGUUGACAAAAUCGUAAAUCGUAUAAGCAACAUUAACCAACAAUAUGCUAUAAAGCAAGAUGAAAUCGAACAAAUUAAAAAAGAAUUUGACUUCAUUCUAGAACAUCUUAACAAUGCUAAAUUAGACGUACAAAUAACCAAACCAGUCAUAUCUUCGAAUGGCAAUUCAUAUUAUCGUUCAAGUUCGGAAAAUAUGGACACUUUCAUGCAAAUGAAAAGUAGCUCAAUUGAAUACGAUAUUGCCGAUAAAACAGUAGAAAAUAAAAAUCAAAUAUUAGAAAAUCAAUUGCAACAAUACAUUCAUCAGUUCAAAAUAGAAGAGGAACAUAAAAUGACAAAUUAUCUGAAUGCAACCGAACAAAAAACAGGAGACACUUUUGAAAUCAAAUCAGAAGUCGACAUAAAUGAUCAUAAAUAUGAAGAUGAUAUUCAUAUUAGUGGAAAAAAGAAGCACACAAAUGGUGGAAUCAAUCAAUCGAACGAAAAAGUUCAAUUAAAAUUAACAUAUUCACUUCGAACUGAUUCGAUCGACAUACCGUGCACUGCAGCCGAGGCACUAAUGAGUGAGAGUGCUCUCGACGCACUGAACCAAUGGUUGGAGACUCAAACUGCUGAGAGACGUGUGGCUUGGGCAUUAUGUGAAUUACCGGGUGUCUAUGCCCUGUCAUCGAGUUUUGGCGCACAAGCUGCAGCUUCGCUACACUUAUUGACGGCGCAAAAACCUGAUAUUCCAGUACUACUCGUGGAUACAGGUUAUCUUUUUCCUGAAACCUAUAGUUUCAUUGAUCAAUUACGUGAACGUUUACAACUCAAUCUUAAUGUAUUGCGUCCGGAGAUUUCGGCUGCUUGGUUUGAAGCACGCCAUGGUCGUUUAUGGGAACAAGGUUUAGAUGGAAUUGAUCUUUACAAUCAUCUAGUAAAAAUCAAGCCGAUGCAACUUGCUCUCAAAAAUCUUGGUGUCGAAACUUGGUUCGCCGGCUUGCGCCGCAAUCAAUCUGAAAGUCGCCAACAAAUUCGCAUUGUUGAACGUCACAAUGGCCGAUGGAAAGUGCAUCCGAUAGCUGAUUGGACCGAUCGCGAUGUUGGCAUGUAUUUGAGACGACACAAUUUGCCAUAUCAUCCACUUUGGGAAAAAGGCUAUGUUUCGAUCGGCGAUGUUCACACUACCCGAUCUUGGGAACCUGGUCUACGCCAAGAAGAUACUCGUUUCUUUGGUCUAAAGCGCGAAUGUGGCCUUCAUCGACACAGUUGA